AUGACUUCAUGGCAGAGUGUGAUUCAAGAUAGGAUAGUGAAUUCUGAAUGUAUCAACGGGUUGGCUGUACUGACCGCAUACCAUACCAAAUGUAUCUACAGUUACGGGGAACUCGCUCAACUCUCCGAGAUUGACGCUAGCGAGUUUCGCCAUUUAUCAAACAUAUUCGAUACAACUACGAUUACAGAAUCUACGAUAAAGUUACCGAAAAUUGCGAGAAACUAUGUUGUGUUUUACAAGUCGUUAUCAAGCCUCCAUGCAAUAUCGCCCCAGAAGAAGUAUCUGACGCUCGCUAGUUUCCCCCUGGGGAUCAUUCUCAUCACAUAUACUUCCCAAGAAACGAUCAAACAAAUAGAAGAUUUCGUCGACAUACUCCGCCGAUAA